AAUAGCGAGAGGAAUACUGUUUGACAUAGCACAUUCAUCCUUGGAAUGAAAGCCACAUAGACAAAACUUGACGGGUGGUACAUUCAUGGCCAAAACAUGGUGUAAACGAAAAGUGCGUGUUACGUACGAAAAAGUGGCGUUACUGGUGAAUUCUUUUUUCAUUGCUUCCUUUUUUGGAAUGUUCAGCUGAUCGGAACUUGAAAUUCACAUUUAAUUUCUUCAAUGAUGGGAGUGCUGGAAAACAAGUCAAACGUACGACGUGGCUUCCCGUUUAAAAGUAAAAUCCGCAUUGCUUUGUGGUAAUGGAAAUUUCACAUUUCCAUUCUGAGGAUCUGUAUUAGCCUGCUAAUAAUGAGGUGGAAUCUAGCAUGAUGCGCCGAAGCGUGAAAAGUGUGUGCAGAUUCUUGAUAAUCGCCUGUCUGACUGUGGCCACCACGGUAGUGAUCUUUCGAUAUGUCCGCAGCAUUGAGAUGACAGGUUUCGGCCAAGAACUCGCAGAAGCACGGGGAGCUGUACCAGUCGCACCUCAACACCACCUUAACGAACCUGAACCAGCAAAUAAAGCUUCUGUGGUGGCUGAUCGUGUAAAAAUAGACUGGCACGACUAUAAGCUGAUUGAAGCAGAAACGAAGCAGAAGGGUAUUGGUGAGCAAGGGAAGCCCGCCUUCCUGUCUGUUGAAGACAAUGAUAAGAAAGAGCAGUUGUACAAAGUAAACGGUUUCAAUGGCCUUCUCAGCGAUAGGAUAGCGUUGAACCGAUCCUUGCCAGACAUCAGGCACAAGGGAUGUAAGGAAAGGAAAUAUCUGCCAAAUCUUCCAACAGUGAGCGUGAUUGUACCAUUCCAUAAUGAACACUGGAGUACUUUGCUAAGAACAGUGGUGAGCGUCAUCGGUCGGUCUCCGUCGCAUCUUCUGAAAGAAGUCAUAUUGGUCGAUGACUUCAGUUCUAAAGUGCACUGCAAGAAACCGCUGGAUGAUUACGUGGCAAAACAUCUACCUAAGGUGCAAGUAAUACACUUGCCAGAGAGGUCAGGACUGAUCAGAGCUCGUCUAGCCGGGGCAGCGAGAGCCACAGCUCAAGUACUGAUAUUUCUAGACUCUCACACCGAGGCCAGUGUCAACUGGCUUCCGCCUUUACUUGAGCCGAUCGCCGAGGACUAUCGUACGUGCGUGUGCCCGUUCAUAGAUGUCAUCGCUCAUGACACGUUUGAAUACCGCGCCCAAGAUGAAGGCGCACGAGGCGCGUUUGACUGGGAAUUCUUCUACAAGCGUUUGCCUCUGUUACCUGAAGAUUUGAAGCACCCGACAGAACCCUUCAGGAGUCCCGUGAUGGCCGGAGGACUGUUUGCGAUCGGCGCGAAGUUCUUCUGGGAACUCGGAGGUUACGACGAAGGGCUUGAGAUAUGGGGAGGGGAGCAAUACGAACUUUCAUUCAAGAUUUGGAUGUGUGGCGGACAAAUGGUAGACGCUCCGUGCUCUCGUGUGGGACACAUUUACAGGAAGUUUGCCCCAUUUCCAAAUCCUCAGAAAGGAGAUUUUGUUGGAAGGAACUACCGUCGGGUGGCAGAGGUGUGGAUGGACGAAUAUAAGGAAUACUUAUAUAAGAGAAGACCACAUUAUCGCAACAUUGAUACUGGUGACAUCAGCAAACAGAAGGAACUUCGAGAGAAGCUUCGCUGCAAAUCUUUCAGGUGGUUUAUGGAAAAUGUGGCUUUUGACUUACCGAAGAAAUAUCCACCCAUAGAGCCACCAGACUUUGCUCAAGGAGAGAUUCGUAGUGUAGCAGCACCAGAAUUAUGUGUUGAUACAGAAAACAAAAAGGCUGAUGAACGUUUCGGACUGAAGGAAUGUAUUAAAGAUAACGGAAGAUCCGUGGGAGAGCAGAAUUUGAUUCUCACGUGGCACAAAGAUAUCCGUCCAAAGGGCCGCACAAUGUGUUGGGAUGUGUCGGAUGUCCAGAAUAAGGCAGCAGUCAAUUUGUUUCCUUGUCAUGGUAUGCAGGGUAACCAACUAUGGCGUUACAACCCGGAACAGCAGUGGCUCGUCCACGGAGGUAACCCAAGAUGCCUCGAUUCUGACCCGGGAAGACAGAUGCUUUAUGUUGGAAGCUGUGAUACGUCAUCCCUCACCCAGAAGUGGAGGUUUGAGAACGUAGACUUCAAAGCUCUUUCCAAUUGGGACAAUAUUGGACCGAAUUAAACGGCGCACGAUUUGCGCGUGGACGACGUGGUGCUAUGUUUCUAAGCCAAGGUAGUAGAAGAAAGUAGUUCUGAGUGCACAGAUUCUUGCCCUACUUUAGUAGAAUUGUGAGGUUAGGUUAGGUUAACGUUCGACUUCAAAACGUAGCUGUUGGUUCCACGUAGAGGUUUGAUGAUUUAUCGCGUGUAUUGCAGCGGCGUUUUCUAAUGAUGAAGAAUUAUAUUCAUUGAUAUUUAAUACAAAAGGGAUAAUGUCGCUAGUAAAAUAUUAUUUUAUAUCGCACCACCCCUCCGAGAGUCGUAUCAAUGUUUUAUUUGCGAUUUAUCGUGACGCAGCAGCAGAUGCGGCUGAUUUUGCAGUGAAUUAAGUCGCUUGUGAUAUUUGUAUAAUUUGUGAAUAUGUGUCCGUGUGUCGGGGCUGCUUGCUGGGCUUCAGCUCAAAUUUCAGUCAUUCAGUGGCGUGCCGUAUCACGCGCAAACUGUCACAUCGACGAGAGAAUAAAAAAAGAGAGAUCGGGUAAAGGCGUCGAGAUUAAUUUAAAAUGUGCGGGAACUGGCACUGUUCGUUGUACCGUCGCAUCCAAAAUAAGUCGAUGCAUAAAUGUUCGUCUCACGAUCGAUCAGUGGGCCAGUUGUAGUCGUUCGGAAAAUUAUAUUCUGACCCGAUAACAUCGUAUUGUUUCAGUAAUAUCACAAAUCUUUUCGUGAAGUAGUUAUAAAGGUUUUAAUUUCCUCUUUAAUCAAAGAUCGCUGUGGUCCGAAACGAUUUCCUAGUUUUGUAAAAACAAUGACAAUCAGAACCUGUUACUGUGAACUACAAAGUUAUUUGUGGGAGCCCGUCAGAAUUUUGUAGUUGGUGCAGCAAUGCAGAAAAUUUGCUAGUAAUUCCUGCGUUUCUCUUCGUCAGUAUUUACAGUCCUUUUUAUUGAAGUGAGCUAUCUGAAUCCGUAUCCGAGAGCGCGAUCGUCUCGGUAUCGGUAACCGAACGGGACUGGAUAAACCAUCGUCAGAUUCCUUAAGGCCUUUUAAAGUACUACAGAUAUACGCAAAAUUUAAAAAAGCUUUGUAGAUGACUUUGUUGAAGUUUUUAAUUUUGGGACGGCGCUGAGCCAACUAAAAAUCAGCCACGUUUUGGGCUGUCCCAACUAAGCAGAUGGCGGGCGGUUCGGGCACUUUUUAUGGGGGCCGCCCAACUCUGACAUAAACUGUCCAGGAAAGUGACGAUAUGUUUACCUGAUUAUAUCUGUUGGGAAAAAAUGUGCGUACCAAGAGGAACAAAUCAAAUUCUUUUUCAGGCUCAAAAGGAAAUACGAAUGUGAACGUGACCCGAAACCAUAAUCAGUAAUGUUUUAUACAAUAAGUAUAUGAAAUCAAUUAAUUUUUAAGAUCCUGUGUGUCAUUUGGUGCUAGAUUCAUGAUGAAAUCAGGGAAGAAAUAAACAAUUUCAAAAUAUUA